UUUUGACCCGCAAGGAAGGGGGAAAAUUUUGAAAAGCUUCCAUAUGAUGAGAGUUACUUUCAUCUUCAGUGUGACUGUCUCUUAAUGUCCUCUGAUGUUCAUCUGGGAGAAGACAUUAUGUGACAUCCCUAGAGAUCUUGAUGAGGUUGUGAGAGAGAGUCCUGCAGCAUGCCGACGGUCAUCUUGCUGGACCUGUCCCUGUCCAUGACUCGACCCAUCGUGUCUGGAGACAAUGACUUCCAGCGGAAACACCUGGCCAUCCAGGGGGUCAGCACCCUGCUGGACUACCUGGCAGCACACAACCGGCUGGAGUUCACGGCCCUGGUGGCCUUCUCCUCCCUCUGGGAGCUGGUCGUGCCGUUCACCAGGGACUACAAGGAGCUUAAGGAGGGGCUGAACAGGAUGGACGACUACGACAAGACUUGUAUCGAGACAGGACUGGCAGGUGUCAGUCAAAUAGUGAUGGACGAGUGGGGAGUGGGCCUGCCCUGUCAGGUUGUCCUGGUGACUGAUGGGAGUCCAGGGGUAGGGAAGGGGUCGCUGAAGGAGUCCUUGGAGAGAUUCUACAGCUCCCAGCAGCACCAUGAUGACCUGCCUACAGAGGGGGAGGAGUUCCCACUCCCCUUCCCCUUCCCAUCCAAACUUCACCUGGUGUGCCUGGCCACCCCCCCUGAGGUGCAGGGGGUGUUGGGGCAGUUACAGAGGCUGGUGGACAUCAAUGGGGGUGCAGGGGGGGUAUACCUGCCAGAGGGGGAACUCAACAUGACAACCUGUCAAGCUCUUUUCAGCAAACUAGCUGAGACCCAGUUCCCGUCCGUGACAUGGACGUUGAAGUGCGGCCACAUGAGCUCGGAGGUCCAGGCCGUGCCUGUUGUGGAGACCUUCAAGAAAACGUAUGACUCCGGUCCCGUGGUGCGAGAACCAUCGCAGGAGAUGGAGAUUCUUGGGUUCUUGGACUCUAAGGACAUCGCCAGUCCUGCAGUGAUAUCCAGGCACCUUGUUCUGCCAAAGCCUACAAAAACAGAGAAAGACGUGUCAGAAGGAGGGGGCGGAGCUUCAGCCGAGGGAGAUGGGGAUACUGCAGAGCAUGAUGGGAAGGCUCCAUCUUUCUGUGUCCUCCUUCAUGGCAGUUUGAAAGUGGAGAGUAUGGUUGCCCUUGUCCAACUUGGUGAGAGCUGGUACGGGUUCCUGUACUCCUGGGCAGACAGUAAGAAGAAGUCCAACCUGAUGCUGUCUGUGCUGGAGCCGGGGGAAGAUGCCGUGUCGUGGCUGGGGAAGAUCAGUCAGCUCGGCCCGGUGGCCUCCAGCCCACACAAUCCUUAUGGGGAAGACGACACCACGAGUCCCUAUCCUGUACGCCAUGCAGACAAGCGCAGCUACGCACAGAACACCACCGUUUGGAUCAAACCCAGUGGGCUACAGACCGAUGUGCAGAAAAUAUUAAGGAAUGCAAGAAAACUUCCUGACAAGCAGCAGACUUUCUAUAAGGAACUAAACAGGUUAAGAAAAGCUGCCUUGUCGUUUGGGUUUGUGGACCUGUUGGAAGGCAUGUCGGCCAUGUUGGAGAGGGAGUGCACCCUACUGCCUGGAACAGCCCACCCAGAUGCAGCUCUGCAGCUGACACAUGCAGCCAAGGAGCUGAGACUGGCCAUUAACAAGGAUUAUGAUGACAACAUUGCACCUCUGCAGACACAUUUCAGUAAAUCAGACAAUGACUGACAGGUCUCAGUCUGUUGUACUGUUACUUUUGAUAGUCAUAGCUUUAGGUCUUGCAUUUGUACAUUCCAUGUGAUUUAGUCACAAGGUCUUAAUUUUCCCUUGAUGUUUGAAUCCCCAGUUUAGAUACAUUUGUAAGCACCUGUGUUUUUAAGUUACUUGCAACAACAAACAACAGUUUGCAGUAAGCCCGCAUGCCAGUUUGGUAAGAGUACAUGCUUCUUAUCCUUACACUGAUAUACAUUGGUCAAAAACUUGGUUGGGACCUCUACACAGGUUAUUACGCCUCCUACCAAAACAUGUUAGUACUGCAUGGCAUGGACCUCAGCCUCCUAUCAGAGUAUACUGAGCAGAUCACAUACUUGUAGUACCUCUGUCAAAUGAACAAGUAAAUAUUGGGAAAGCAAUCAGUAACAAGUGGCUGUCAGUUGCAUGUAGUUGAGAAAAUAAAGCAACAUUAACAGCUGCUACCCAAGCUGCACAUACAACUUACAAGUACAUGUAUUA